UGACCUUGAAGGUCCCUUCCGACCCAGAUGAUUCUAUGAUUCUAUGUGAUACACUUCAUUCACAACUGUUUUGCCCUAACAGGACAGUAAUAAACAUGAGAAGAAAUAGGAAGUUCUUUCCCAAAAUUUGCAGACAUCACCUCCCAUUCUGAUUGUGCUAGUUUCAGCCCUACACUCCUCUAAGGCCCCUGUUUUCACAUUUACCUCCAUUUACUCUUGCUGAAUAAAUAAAAUUGAGGCCUGUGGUGGCAGCUGCUUCCUGUUUCAUUGAGAAGCCCAAGGCUAGACUUGAGUGAAAACGGCCUAAAGACACUUGAAAUGAGAUGUACAAUGUGGUCAUCAUUCUGGCCCUUCCGUGUUUACUGUGACAGGCAGCGCAUCCCUUACCAUGCAGCUGGCUCCAGGCUCCCCAUACUUGCCUGCACCACUGUGUCCCCUCUGAGAUGGCUUCGCACCUUCACUCCAGUCCUCCCUCCUGGAACCCAGAUGCCAGUGGUGACAGGGAAACUGGAAGGGCCCCAGCACAGAGGUCACGGGCACCUGCCACAGCAGGUAGCAGUGACAGGGCAGUGUCAGCGGCACGGGGUCCUCUUGCUUCCCCUCGUGCCCACAGGGCAGAAGUGGACAGGCUGAGCUGGGUGGGCUCACCUCAUGGAGAGGGGACACCGGGAUGCGGCCCCAUGCCAUGCCACGGGGACAGAGCCAGGACAGCACCCGAUGGUGCCCGAUGGGACCCUUGUCUUUGCUGGCUCUAGCCCAGCCGACGUGAGCUUCGCCCGCACUUUCUGGACCUCAGCCAUGCUCCCUCCACCGCUCGAGUCCUGUAUAGGCCCCGCCGCGUUGACAAAGAGAAGUAAUGCGCUCCAGGACCCACAGCUUCCUAGAAAAAGUGAGAAAAACAGUGAGAAAGAGAGACUCUUGGAAGCUCAAAGCAUGGAGAAAAACAGAGUAAAAGAAAAAUACCUUCAGCAGGCCAGGAGAAGAGAAGAAAUACUAGCUCUCCUGAGGAAACAGAGAGAAGAAAGGAUUGCAAAAGAGCUGAUUUCUCAUCCACAUAAACCAAAGGUCAAAACUGAUCAAGUAAGCAGGCAGAAGGUGUCUGAAGCUGACCUGGUGGAUCAAGAAGCUGUAAAGGCCCUUAAAUAGCUCAGCUGCAUUCUCUGAUGAAGAAAAUAAAGUGUUUCUUUGCCCCAGAAAAAGUAUCUUGCUAUCAGAACCAUGCUGCUUUGGACUUCAAGCCAAGUACAUUCAUCAUUUGACUACAUAUCUAGUUGCUCCUACUGAGACACGGCAUGAAUGUGACAAAGGCUGUGGAUAGGCUUGCAGCAAUUUUUCAGCCUAUCCAUAAAUUUGUUUUUCUAAAGUUAAGAUAAAUGCAUAAUUCAGAAACAUUUUUAUAUUACGUAAUUUAUUUACUUAGUAAACUGUUAACUCCUAAUGUGCUGUUGUUGAUCUUGGAAACACAAAGUUUUUUUAUUGUCCUCUUGCUUUCCUGUUGUCUUGAAACUGCAGCAGUAUGCCAAUAGCUGCUUAUUGAGGCUCAAAAUCACUCUGAAUUCUGUUCUUUCUUGGCAUCUUAACCAGUGUGCCACGAGACAAAGUGGAGGGCUCAGUUUACUGCCUUCUCAGUGUGCAGGAAAUGAAAAUGCUUGUUUCGUUUGUGGUUUUUUUUGAAGUUGUCAGCAUGAAAGGGAAAGGGUCAUAAAAUGUAAAAGUGUCAAUGAAGCAUUUGGUAUGCUAGGAAUUCUAGAACUGAAAAGACAUAUAUCUUUCUUGAAGAAGAUGGACUAUAUACUUUCUUCAGGUUUGUGUCAGGUAUCUAUUAAUAAAAUUUGCUUCAGGAAAACACAUUUUCUAUUCUGGUGUUCUUGUAUGCUCUCUCACACAUGUGUACCCCUCUACCUCAAUUAAAGUACCAGUUUUGCCUGGCUAACAUUACAUAAAUCUUUAUCACCAAAGUUGGCUUUUGAAAUAUUAAUGCUAAAGUAUUUGGAAGCCAAAGGAUGUACUUGGACAGUUGCAAUCUUGUAUUUCGUGCACAUCUGUGGUCCUGGGAUUUUUGAUUUGCAGUAUUUGAAAGCUUCUGAACUUACUAGACAGCCUUCAAAUGGCACAAUUCUAAGAUCUGAAGGGGCUGUUAAAUUGAGUAUCUGUAUUUCAUGUGUGCUAAUUUUACCAAAACUAUAAAUGUAGAGGAACUGCUUUGCCCGUGUUAGGAAAUUUGUCUACAAAAGUAGAAAACGCAUCAAACGGAAGA